AAUGGCUAUUGCUGCAGAUGAAUUUAAAAUAAUUUUGCUUGAAUAUGGAAAUUGGCCUGAAAAUAUUCGUUUUAUAGACGAUCAACUUAAAGAAAAAAAGGAGGGAAAUGAAACUGCUUUUUACCAUUCAUCGGAAAAACUGACGGAACUUGCACAUUUGUAAGCUUAACUAUAAAAUUUUAAUUAGUGAGUCUUUCGAUCGGGGGUGGGGGAAAUUUAAGAAAAUUUUGGAAACCCGAACCCAGACUUUUUUCUCAGCUCCUGGUUUCCGUCAAAGUAAAAAAUUUUACCUUCUAAAU